AUGAAGUACUCUCUUACCGCAAUCACCGCAUUCGCCCCCCAGCUCGGGUUCGCCCUUGUGGGCAAUAACUGGUCUUCUUCAGGUCAUCCCUCGGGUGGCUUACGAGACGUUACUUUUCCAUUCAACAUGGCCGGAGCAUCCCACGACUCUGGGUACUACUUUGCCGAGCAAUUUGCCUUCCAGAAUAUGAAGGAUAUUGGCUACUGUGGGAUCCAGAAUAGACCCAACUCCAAUGGUGCUAGCAUUGUACACGCCGUCUUCUCCUCCUUUCAGAAUGGUACUACGACCGGCGAUGCCAACUGUCACAAUGGUGCCGAUGAUGGUCCCGGUGUGAGCUGUGCUGUUGAGAUCAAUGGUGAUUAUAGGGAUACCUACAACUUGGCCGUUGAGAAUAUCCCCAGCACCACGACGUGGACUGGGACUGUCAUCAAUACAGCUACCGGAGCUCAUACCCGCGUUGGAAGCUGGACGUUGCCCUCGGGCGCCGGCGGCAUCGAGUCUAGCUACUCUGGCUUUGUGGAAUACUAUCGCGGUACGCAGCCGUGUGCGAAGUUGCCCAAGACGGAGGCCACCUUUUACAACCCCAUGUCUAAGACGCCUGGUGCUGGGAAGGGCGUUGUAGGCAAGCCGUACGAGUAUGGGGAUUGCGUGGGCAAGGUUGACUUUUCGACGACACAAGUCUCUGAUGGGUAUGAAAUAAAGGUGGGGUUUUAA